GCCGGUGUGUCACUGACACGUCACUGAGGUCAGACGGCAGGAAAGAUGGCGAGUACCUAUGAGAGUUUCAACUUGCGCACCACACCUGAGAAGUUCUACAUCGAGGCUUGUGAUGACGGCUGUGAGGACGUCCUGGCCAUCGACAGAGUGUCCACUGAGAUGAUACUCACAGUGAGGAGGGACGUCCCCGCCUCUGCCGACAGCCGGCCGAUAAGUGGCCUCAUGGGGACGAUCCGCCUGGUGGCAGGUAUGUACCUGGUGGUCAUCACAAAGAAGAAGAAGGUGGGAGACCUGCUGGGACACGCUGUGUGGAAAGCUCUGGAGUUUGACAUCAUCUCGUACAAGAAGACAAUAUUACACCUGACGGACAACCAGAUGCAGGACAACAAGACGUUCCUGUCCAUGAUCAACCACGUGCUGCACACCGACGGCUUCUACUUCGCGACAGACUACGACCUGACGCACACUCUGCAGCGACUCGCCAACACCAGCCCCGAGUUCCAGGAGAUGAGCCUCCUGGAGAGGGCGGAUCAGCGUUUUGUGUGGAACGGUCACCUGUUGAGAGAGUUCAUGACUCAGCCCGAGCUACACAAGUUUGUGUUCCCUGUUAUCCACGGCUUCAUCGCUCUGAGGUCGAGCUGCAUCAACGGGAAAGUGUUUGAGUGGAGCAUCAUCUCCAGGAGGAGCUGCUUCAGAGCCGGAGUGCGAUACUACGUCAGAGGUAUUGAUACUGAGGGUCAUGCCGCUAACUACGUGGAAACAGAGCAGGUGGUGCAGUUCAACAGCGCCAAGGCCUCGUAUGUUCAGACCAGAGGCUCCAUCCCCUUCUUCUGGUCCCAGAGACCAAACCUCAAGUACAAACCAAAACCACAGAUCAGCAAAACUGUCAACCAUCUGGACGGAUUCCAGAGACACUUUGACUCUCAGAUUAUUCUCUAUGGAAGACAAGUCAUCCUCAACCUGAUCAACCAGAAAGGCUCGGAGAAACCUCUGGAGAUGGCGUUUGAUAAGAUGGUGAGCAGCCUGGGGAACGGCAUGAUCAAGUACAUCGCCUUCGACUUCCACAAGGAGUGCAGUCGGAUGAGGUGGCACCGCCUGCAGAUCUUACUCGACAUGGUGGCUGAGAUGCAGGACGACUUUGGGUACUUCCUGGUGGACGCAGACGGGAAGGUGCUGUUGAACCAGGACGGGAUGUUUCGCAGUAACUGCAUGGACUGUUUGGACCGGACCAACGUGAUCCAGAGUCUGCUGGCCCGACGCUCGCUGCAGUCUCAGCUACGGAAGAUGGGAGUCCUCCACACCGGUCAGCUGAUUGAAGAGCAGGCAGACUUCGAGAAGACGUAUAAGAACGCGUGGGCAGACAACGCUGACGCCUGUGCCAAACAGUACGCAGGAACGGGGGCCCUGAAGACCGACUUCACCAGGACGGGGAAGAGGACUCAGUGGGGGCUCGUGAUGGACGGCUGGAACUCCAUGAUCAGAUAUUACAAGAACAACUUCUCUGAUGGAUUCAGACAGGACUCCAUCGAUCUCUUCCUGGGGAACUACGCGGUGGAGGAAAGCGAUUCGACUGCUCCUCUAAGAGACCCCAAAGACUGGAAGUUCCUCACGUUGCCGAUCAUCAUGGUCGUAGCUUUCUCCAUGUGCAUCAUCUGCCUGCUCAUGGCCGGUGACACAUGGACCGAGACUCUGGCGUACGUCCUGUUCUGGGGGUCGUCGAGCGUGGUGACGGCCGGUCUCAUCCUCUUUAACGGUCUGGACUUUGUCGACGCGCCGAAGCUGCUCCAGAAGGAGAAGCUGGACUGAAUGUGUGCGUGUGGAAAGCAGCUUGGCCCCGGAGAGCUCACCACCUCUUCAUCGCUCUACGCCCCCCAGCAGCAGCAUCAUCAACAUCCUCCUCAAGGCUGGAGCCUUUACUGAAGGAUGGGGGAUGGGGGGGCACCGGGGCUGGCCUCCUGCACUCUGACGGAGUAAAGACUGAGAUUUAGAGUGCGGAGGUCGGCUGCUGUCCACACAGCAGCGUGUACACGUGGACAGGACUGUCUGUCUGCUGGUUUUACUGGAACCUCUGACUGUGUUUUACUGGAUGUCACCGAUCUGACGGCCGCCGACGCCGAGGGAUCAGAUCAGCUGCUGUGAUGUCACAGAUCAGCUGCUGUGAUGUCACAGAUCAGCUGUUAAAUGAAUUACUGUAUGAACUCUUCUUCUGACUUCUGGUUUUCUUUUUUUGCCAUCUUUCAGUUUGUCUUUAUGUCUCUGGUUUGGGUUCAACAUAUUUCAAGUCUACAUUUCAUCUGGAGGAGGAAAGGGUCCAGAAAGCUGAGAGGAAGCUUUCCUUGUUUUUCCUAAACCUCACACUGGACUUCAUCAGUGUGAAUGGUCCAUUUACUUUAUCGUGUCAAUAUCAGGAAUAUAUGUGGAAGAAGAAAUCCUGGAUUUCGGGACUACAUGACUAAAAAAGGCGUCUUCAGUCUUUAGCCUGCGGCAGUGACACAGAGUGAAAUGACGUCAACAAAAUCCUGAAAGUCCGGCUGCAAUAAGUUGUUGUUUUAAUCCCUGACAGUCUCAGAUUGUUUCUCUUUGUGUCUCAAACAUUACAGAAAGGAUCCGUACAGAGAAAUAACUUUUAGUUAGAGAGGAAGAUGAUUUCUCUGUUCGAUCACUCACAACAAGUGCUGCCUCGGGGCAAGGCGAGUUUAUUAGGGCGCACUCACACUACGCAGUUGCUCAUGAACUCUUCUUCUGACUUCUGGUUUUCUUUUUUGCCAUUUUUCAGUUUGUCUUUAUGUUUUUUAUGUACAGAAACUCUGGUUUGGGUUCAACACAUUUCAAGUCUACAUUUCACAACGUGGACAUGAAGUAUAAUCGAUGCCAGCCUUCCAUUAUCGAGAAAUCCUGGGAUGGCUGAAUCGGACUAAAAUGACUCAAAAUAAGCCACAUAGUGAGUAAAGGAGCUGUCUGUGUUGUUCUCUGAUGUGCGGACACAGACUGGAGCGUGUGUCCCUUUUAUUUAUUUUUAUUUUUUAGUCCGCCUGUCUUGUAAACUGCAUGAGGUAACCGUGCUCAGGCCCGGUUAGUCCUGGAGCGGUGUGAGUGCAGAGUACGAGAUAACUGGGCCUAGUGUGAGUGCGCCCCAAAGCACAUUUCAGGAACAAGGCGACCCAGGUUUAAAAACACUGAGAUUCCUUAUAUUCAUGAGGAGAAAAUCAUCAGAAUACUGUCAGUGUUUUACAGAACAUGUAAAAAGGAUGUCAAUGCAGUUUAAGACUUUUAUAAGGUAACUAAAGUAGACAUAACUGAGGUCACAGGUCAGUUACAGGGGAACACCUGCAGCUUUAAAAAGCAGGUGAGCUGGAAUAAUUAAUUCAUAUUCAGAUAUUGGUGGAUUUUACAUGAAUUACAUUUGUCCUUUCACACUUUUUAAAAACACAUGAAAGGGUUUAUUGGUUUCUUCUUCAUUGCUGUGAACAGGGAUCUGCACAUGGACGGUCUGAUCUAAACGACCGCUUUGUUUGAUGGAGAUUUGAUGUGAUAAUAAGCUUCAGAUUCAGACUUUUAGACCAUGUUGGGAUAUCUCUAUUAAGGAUGUUGUUUGUUUUUUCUUCUGCUAAUUUGUGAGCACUGUCAGUUUGUGCUCUUGAUUUCCCUCUGAGACGACUCGUGUUCAGUUUGAUAAGAAACGACCGGAUGCAUCCGUUUCUGUAACGUUUGUUGUUCUUCAUCGUCGGUCGUCGGGCAGAAAUCCCCUCAUACAAACACUUUCUUUGUGAGAGGCAUGUUCAGCUGAUUUUAGAGAAUGAUUACGCCUUAAUCUGAAUGAAACUGAGUUUAAAUAUGAAACAGAAACUAAAUAAAAUAAAAUAUAUAACUGACA